AUGAGUUGCUGGAUAGGAAAUAUCGCGUACAACUAUGAAGAAAAGUACCCCGAGGAUCCUCCCUACCAAGAGACGGCCCUGAAUGCGAGAGUUUGGAGAACAUACGAAGAUGAAAGCAAGAUACACGAUGCCAACAUGAUCGAAGAAUCUCGCGAUAAUGUCGAUGUAUUGUUCGUUUUUGCGAGCCUUUUCUCGGAAGUCGCGACGCCCUUUGUUGCGCAGAUAUACCAGAACUUUCAGGCAGAUUACACUGCCAUAUCAGCGUCUCUGCUUUUCGAAUUGGUCCUCAUUCAGCGUCCUAUCGCCAACGGUUCCUCGGUCAAUGUCAUCUCUUCUUCCCCACUGAACCUCAACACGAUCUUUGUUCCCGCUAUCACGGACGUUUGGGUGAACGGGCUCUGGCUUGGCAGCCUGUUCCUCAGCCUCACGACAGUACUCGUCGCCUUACUUGUUCAGCGGUGGCUUGAGCACUAG